GGGUGUGAUAUUUCCGAAAAAUACUCCAGUAAAUUCUUUCAAAUGCGAGAAUCCUAAAUUCCUGACAGAAGAAACUCAAAAGGCUAUAAGAUGAGUUGGUUGUGGAGUUCUCUGACUCAGGGUGACAAUGGAGUCAAGUCCGACAAAAUUAAAUUCACUAUUCUCGGAAAAGAACAUAUUGUCAAAAGUGAGGAUAUAGCGCCUGAAACAACCCUGAAUGAUUAUCUACGGCAUACCCUCAAUCUUAAGGGCACAAAAAGAAUGUGUUACGAGGGAGGAUGUGGCGCUUGUGUGGUGGCAGUUACCAAACCAGGGGAGGAUAAUGUGAUGGCCGUCAAUUCAUGCCUGGUAUCCAUACUGACUUGCCAUGGCUGGAAAAUAGACACCGUAGAAGGAAUCGGUAAUCCCUUGACAAAAUUUCAUCCAGUUCAACAGGCCCUGGCCAAUUUCAACGGAACACAAUGCGGUUUCUGUUCACCUGGCAUGGUGAUGAACAUGUACGCUCUCCUGGAAAAUGGAAAACCGACAAUGAAAGACGUCGAGAAUUCUUUCGGGGGCAACAUAUGCAGAUGUACAGGCUACCGUCCAAUCAUGUCUGCUUUCAAGUCGUUGUGUUCUGACGCUUCUCCAGAUCUAUUGGGAAAAUACCCAGAUAUCGAAGAUUUGGUGUGCUACAAGCCCAAGGAGAAGAAAAAUGGGGAGGUUGAUAGAACACCGGUGAGAAUAUGUUACAAAGAUACCAAAUGGAUUAAAGUUUACAAUAUAAAGGAUCUUCUGGAUAACUUGAUAGCGAUCAAAGAUUCUCCCUAUAUGCUAGUGGCUGGAAAUAGUGCAAAAGGCGUUUACAAACUUCCCACUCCGAAGAUUUACAUCGACGUUAUUGAUGUGAAGGAAUUGACAUCCUAUGAGCUCACAGAUGACACGCUCACCCUUGGGGGUGAUAUGUCUCUAACAAAAACCAUGGAACUUUUUUACAAAAUCGCUAAUUCCAAUCCGAAGUUUGCACAUUUGAAAACUAUGGCCGAUCAUAUCGAUCUUAUUGCUAACGUGCCCGUAAGAAAUGUUGGCAGUUUAGCUGGAAAUCUCAUGAUGAAACAUUACCAUCAUGAAUUUCCUUCAGACGUUUUUCUCACCUUGGAAACCUUUGGUGCAAAAUUAGUGAUCGUGGAUACUUCUAAGACUGAGGUGGUCAAAAGCCUUCCAGAUUUCCUCAAGUUGGACAUGAACAAAAAAGUGAUAAAAUCCGUCCAGAUACCCAGCUUGUCCAGCGAAUACAAAUAUGAGACGUAUAAGAUUAUGCCUAGAGCCCAGAACGCUCAUGCCCUUGUAAAUGCAGGUUUUCUAUUCAAACUCGAUUCCAAUAAUAAAGUAGAGAGUGCUACCAUCGUAAUCGGCAAUAUAAACCCAGAAUUCAUACACGCAACCAAAACCGAAGCAUUUCUGACAGGGAAGGAGCUCUUCAACAACGAAACGCUUCAAGGAGCCUUCAAAACCCUAGAAGAAGAAUUGAAACCUGAUUUUGUUCUUCCCGAACCAGAACCAGAAUUCAGAAAGCAGCUUUCCAUAGCUUUGUUCUUCAAGGCCGUGCUUAAAAUAGCCCCUGAGGGCAAACUGAGCCCAAGGAACAAAACUGCGGGAGAAAAAAUGGUGAGACCUAUUUCAAGUGGGGUACAGGAUUAUGAAACCAACGAAUCUCUGUAUCCUCUGACGAAGGCUAUACCAAAGAUUGAGGCUUUGGCUCAGACUUCUGGUCAAGCUCAAUACAUCGAAGACAUUCCUGAUCAUCCCCAUCAGCUUUUCGGUAAACUCAUUCUUGCCAAAGCUGCACCCAACUCGAAGAUAACGGAUAUUGAUGCAUCAGAUGCACUGGCGAAAGAAGGUAUAGAACAUUUCUUCACCAAAGACGAUAUACCUGGGGAUAAUAAUUUUUUACCCCCUGGAUUUGGGGCUGGUAUAGUCGAGAAAAUUUUCGCUGAUGGCGUGGUUGACUAUUAUCAUCAACCCCUUGGGGUUUUAGUUGGAUCUGAUAGGAAUGCAGUCGAUGAAGCUGCUGAUCUGAUCAAGAUCACUUAUGAAGCCCCGAAAAGCUCUCCUUUACUCUAUAUUAGAGACAUACUGAAGGUAGGAGCUACAGAUAGGUUGAUGAAAGAAAGGGAAUUGAAAGCUAAAAAGACAGGCAGCGAUGUCAAGCACACAUUGACUGGCACAUUCGAUAUUGGUGGUCAGUAUCAUUUUCAUAUGGAAACCCAGUGCUGUCUGGUUAUUCCAACAGAGGAUGGUCUGGAUAUGUUUCCCUCUUCGCAGUGGAUGGAUUUGAGUCAAGUUUCAGCAGCGAGAAUGUUGAAAAUUCCACAUAAUAAAGUAAAUGUUAGCGUGAGAAGAUGUGGUGGUGGUUUCGGAGCCAAAAUCAGCAGAAACGCCCAGAUAUCAUGUGCAACUGCCUUAGCUGCCUGGUUGACUCGCAAGCCAGUCCGAAUUUCUCUGAGCUUGAAGGAAAACAUGGAAAUGGUAGGAAAACGGUUUCCGCUUUCCGUUGAUUACGAAGUGAAAUGCAACAAUGGCGGUGUGAUACAGCAUUUGGACGCUAAGCUGUAUAGCGACCACGGCGCUGGGGGAAACGAACAGUUUAACCAGUCCAAUAUCUUCGAUCUGUUGACAGCGAAUUAUGGCUCAGAUCCCUUCGACGUAGUCUAUUACCGUACCAGAACAGAUACUCCAGCAAACACCUGGACCAGAGCACCAGGUUCAACAGAAGGGCUUGCAGUCAUCGAAUCCAUUAUGGAUCAAAUGGCAUACGAAACGAAUAUUGAUCCAUUGGAUGUAAGGCUCAAUAACAUUCCCAGUGGAAGCAAAUUGAUAGACUAUAUUGCUGAUCUCAAGGAAUGGGCGGAUAUCGAUAAGAGGAAGCAGGAAAUUGCAGCGUUCAACAAGGAGAACCGCUGGAAGAAACGAGGGAUUUCAGUUGUACCGAUGGCUUAUGAUUUUGCUCCUUUUGGCCCUAUAAAUGUGACAGUUUCAAUAUACCAUGUAGAUGGGAGUGUGACGAUAAGUCAUGGUGGUAUAGAGAUUGGUCAAGGAAUUAAUACCAAGGCCGCACAAGUUUGUGCCUUCAAAUUCAACAUUCCCUUGGAAAAAAUCAACAUACAUCCAAGCAACACAACGUCAUCCCCAAAUUGUGCUGCAACAGGUGGAAGUAUGACGUCAGAGGCCGUUUGCUAUGGCAUAAAUGAGGUUUGCGAUGAAUUAUUGGAACGCUUGAAGCCAUUUAAGAAAGAUGAUGGUUCACAAACUUGGGAACAAUUAGUUCAGGCUGCCUAUACCAAAUUCACAUAUUUGUCUGCUAGUAGCCAGUACUCACCCACAGCUCCAUUCGUGAAACCGUAUGUAAUUUAUGGCUCCUGCGCAACGGAGGUGCUUCUAGAUGUCCUCACAGGCCAGCACAUCAUCACCAGAGUGGACCUGAUUGAGGAUACUGGUACCACUCUAAGUCCAGAAAUAGACAUAGGACAAGUCGAAGGAGCGUUCGUCAUGGGAGCGGGAUAUUUCACUACCGAAAAGAUAGUGUUCGAUAAGGAUGGUAGGCAGCUGACUAAUAACACCUGGUUCUACAAACCACCAGGGCCCAAGGACAUACCUGUGGAUUUCAGGGUCAAAUUUCCGAAGAAUAAUCCCAAUCCUGUUGGUGUUCUGCAAUCGAAAGCUGUUGGAGAACCACCUUUGUGUCUUACUGUCAGCGUUCCUUUGGCAAUCAGACAUGCUGUAGCAAGCGCUAGGCAGGACGCAGAUAAAUCGAAGUCCAAAUACUUUUUGUUUGAUGGUCCAACAACAGUGGAGCAAACUUUCAUGAAUAGUUUGAACGAUUUUAAGCAAUACACAUUAUAAUACAAUGAAAUAGUAAUUUUUUAUGGGAGAUUGCUUUGUGGGGGUAAACUAACCAACAUUGUAUAUGUACUAUUUUUAACAAUAAAUAAUUAUGAUUUCAA